AUGCUAACUCACUACCCGUCAGUCGCCGUCUCCGUGAUGGCCCUCGCUCCCAACAACGCCGGUGCUAAGGAUGUCGGUAACGGCCAGGGCCAACAGUUUACGACCGGCGGAUGCGUCUCGGAUGCCGACUGCAGAAGCACCUGCUGUGCCGAGAUCAGCACCAGCGGCCUCGGCAUCUGCUCUGCCGUAGGAGCACAGCUCCAGAAUGGCAAGCUCGGAUGUGGCUUCAAUGACCCCAAUGCCGCCGCUGUCAUCGCCGCUGCUAAGGCCCAGGUUGCGAAGCAAGGUUUCAAAUUCAUGGCCUAG